CCGGACUCACGCGAGCACCGGCCCCCCUUCCCACAACACACCUCCUCAAUUCCCACUCCCUACCACCCGACCCCCUCCUACCUGGCCCGCUGUUAGCCGUCCCGGAUCUCCGCAUCCAGAUCGCCGAGACGCCACCCUCUGGAGCAGCUGGCGUCCUCACCGCCGGACCCAACCUCCGUCGCCUACUCCCCGCACAGCUCACUCUUCACCGCCGGGACCCCCUCCGCCGCGUGCUACCUCGCCAACUCCUCACUCUCGGGAUCAGGUGGAUGUCCACCUGUACUUUGAUUGAAGACAACUAACUUUGUUGUUCCUGAGGGCAAGAAGUAAUGAUCCGACCAGGCUCCAAGGAGUCACAAAUUUAUGAUAACAAUAGUCAGAAAGUUUAUCCUCAGCCAAUUGAUGAAAAUAUGAAUCAGAACAUGGACACGAUGGACAGUAUGAUUGGAAGGAUAUUCAACAACAUAUCCUCUUUAAAAGCUGCAUACAUUCAGCUGCAGGAAGCUCACACCCCUUACGACCCGGACAAGAUCCAAACUGCUGAUAAGCUUGUCAUAGAUGAGCUCACGAGGCUUUCAGAACUCAAGCAUACUUACAGAGAGAAAAAUCCUAAGCCAGUAGCAGCAUCACCUCAAGAUUCACACUUGCUUUCUGAAAUACAGGAGCAGCAGAACUUGCUAAAGACAUAUGAGGUCAUGGUGAAGAAGUUCCAGUCACAGAUCCAGAAUAGAGAUACCGAGAUUACCCUUUUACAGCAGCAAAUUGAUGAGGCGAAACAUCGGAAAUCAAAGCUGGAGAAGAAAUUGAAACAGAGGGGCUUACUUAACAAAGAAUCUGAGGAAUCUGAUGAAGAAGAGAACUACUUCUCUAUUGAGCUGACACCAAGUUUAUUUACAUCUGCUGCAGAUAAUGCAUACCAAUCAAUACACGAUUUCUCAAAGCCCUUGAUCAACAUGAUGAAAGCUGCUGGGUGGGAUCUCGAUGCGGCUGCUAACGCAAUUGAACCUGAUGUAGUUUACACAAGGAGAGCUCAUAAGAAGUAUGCAUUUGAGUCCUAUAUCUGCCAAAGAAUGUUCAGUGGUUUCCAUGAAGAGAGCUUUUCCAUCAAGGCUGCUACUGCCAGUGUGUCCAAUGAGGCUUUCUUCCACCAGUUCCUUGCAGUGCGAGCCAUGGAUCCUCUUGAUGUAUUGAGCCAGAACCCAGAUUCGGUUUUCGGAAAGUUCUGCAGAAGCAAAUACCUGUUACUUGUGCAUCCAAAAAUGGAAGGCUCUUUCUUCGGUAACAUGGAUCAGAGAAACUACGUCAUGAGCGGUGGCCAUCCAAGGACAGCUUUCUAUCAGGCAUUUCUCAAGUUGGCGAAGUCCAUAUGGUUAUUGCACAGGCUGGCGUACUCUUUCGAUCCAAAGGUCAGGGUCUUCCAAGUGAAAAAGGGAAGCGAGUUCUCGGAGAUUCACAUGGAAAGCGUAGUCAAGAACAUGGUCUUGGAUGAAAGUGCCGAGAGGCCUAAAGUAGGUUUAAUGGUGAUGCCUGGUUUCUUGAUUGGGACUAGCGUCAUACAGGCCCGAGUGUACCUAUCAGAUGUCAAAUAUGCUGACUGAAAAUGCUGCAGUUGCUUGGGAAGAUUCAGGGCGUAUUAGUUCCUGCGGGCUCAUUUAGUUGCAUCUGAAAUGGCGGGGGACUUUGUGUGUCUGUGUCGUGUGUGAUGCUACCUGAAAGGAUGUUAUUCAGAUGAAAUGUGGUAGUCUAGCAACACGUUUGUGAAAGACUUUCGUAUGCUUGUCUUUUUAAGACUAGAAUGUUUGUUCUCUCUGUUGCGUGAUGUAAUCCUGUCCAGUGUUUGGUAUAUAUAUAUUGUUGGUUUGAUUUGGA